CCCACACUGGAACUCAUCAUCAAUGAAGCUCCGCCUACACUGAAACUCAUCAUCAGUGAAGCUCCUCCCACACUGGAACUCAUCAUCAGUGAAGCUCCUCCCACUGCAGUUCAGCAAUAAAUGCAGGAAGAUUCCCAUCAGUUCAGAAGUGAAGGCGAGCGUCAGAGCAUCAGGAAGAGCUGAAAUCUGAUCAAAGACUGAGUUUAUUAAAGAGGACAGAGAGAAGAUGAGAGAUCCAGAGCCCUGCAGAAUCAAACACACUGAAGAUACUGAACAACAAACAGACCUGAUGGAAGAGAACGAGGAGAGUGAAGAACUGAGUGAAGUGGAAGAGAAACAUCAUGUCAAACCUCGCUCAAAGAUUAAAAAGACAUUUUUAAAGAAAAGAAAAGCCAAGAAAUCUAUCACCUGCACUCAGUGUGGAAAGAGUUUCACAAACAAACAAAGUCUUGAGCGUCACAUGAGAGUUCACAUCAGAGAAAAGCCACACACAUGUGAUCAGUGCGGGAAGAGUUUCACAUUCAAAUAUCUUCUUAAUGAUCACAUGAGGAUCCACACCGGAGAGAAGCCGUUCGCGUGUGAUCAGUGCGGGAAGAGUUUCACAUACAAACAAAGUCUUGAGUUUCACACGAGAGCUCACACCGGAGAGAAGCCGUUCACAUGUGAUCUGUGUGGAAAGAGCUUCACGCAACCAGCACAUCUUAAAGUACACAUGAGGAUCCACACCGGAGAAAAGCCACACACGUGUGAUCAGUGCGGGAAGAGUUUCACAUGCAAACAUAAUCUUAAUGAUCACAUUAGGAUCCACACCGGAGAGAAGCCAUUCAAGUGUGGUCAGUGUGGAAAGAGAUUCACAAAACAAGGUACUCUUAAAGAACACACGAGGAUACACUCUGGAGAAAAGCCGUUCAAUUGUGGUCAGUGCGGCAAAACAUUUCAUUGGUCAUCAGACCUGAAGAAACACCUGGCAGUUCAUACGAAGGAGAAGCCACAUUCCUGUUCUGAAUGUGGAAAGAGUUUUUCACUGCUGCGGAGUUUACAUGUACAUCAGAAAACACACACUGGUGUGAGAGAGUACUUGUGCUUUGAGUGUGACAAGACUUUUACUACAGCGAGCUCUUUAGAACUACACCAGAGGAUCCACACUGGAGAGAAACCUUACAAGUGUUCACACUGUGACAAGAGAUUCAGUCGGUCAGGAUCUCUGAAAGUACAUGAGAAGAUCCACAGCAGAGAGAAGCCGCAUACGUGUGAACAGUGUGGGAAGAGUUUCACAUGCAAACAUAGUCUUAAUAUUCACAUGAUGAUCCACACCGGAGAGAAGCCAUUCGUGUGCGGUCAGUGUGGAAAGAGUUUCACAAAACAAGGAACCCUUAAAGGACACAUGAGGAUCCACACCGGAGAAAAGCAAUUCAAGUGUGGUCAGUGCGGCAAAACAUUUCAUUGGUCAUCAGACCUGAAGAAACACCUGGCAGUUCAUACGAAGGAGAAGCCACAUUCCUGUUCUGAAUGUGGAAAGUGUUUUUCACUGCUGCAGAGUUUACAUGUACAUCAGAAAACUCACACUGGUGUGAGAGAGUACUUGUGCUUUGAGUGUGACAAGACUUUUAUUUCAGCAAACUGUUUAAACCUGCACCAGAGAGUUCACACUGGAGAGAAACCUCACAAGUGUUCACACUGUGACAAAACAUUCAGUCAGUCAGGAAAUCUGAAAGUACAUGAGAAGAUCCACAGCAGAGAGAAGCUGCACACGUGUGAUCAGUGCGGAAAGAGUUUCUCUAUUAAAAGUCACCUGAAGAUACACAUGAAGAUCCAUUCAGUGGAGGAACCACACAGCGAUGUUCACAAGUCUUCAUCGCUGGAGUCAGAGUCAAGUCUCGAGUGAUUUAUUGGCUUGCUAAAAUAAUCUCAUUAAAAAUCCUCAUGAACUGAACUCAUCCUAAUUACGAAGCUCUAGACAAAAAAUAUGAUCUGCUAUGAUAUGCUUUGUAAGGUUAAUGUACAUCCAGCCUGUUACUAAUGUUUUAAUCCAUUACAAUGUACAAAACAGUUGUUCUGUAAUGCAAUUCUACGAUAAGAGAGCUGCCUGAUCUACCAUGACACAUAAGGAAAUAUGUGACACAGAUAUUACAAAACCAUACAAAUAAAGUCUUUCUUUAUGAUACAAGUCUGGGGAAUUCAUUUAAAGUUCCAGGAGGUCCGGUCUCUUCCCAGCAGAGGACUGGACUAAAAUAAAUUAUUUAUGGGCCAUUCUUCAGAAUAAUUGGUCCAAAGCCAGAGCUGGAAACAUCUUUAAAAAAAAAAGUCUUUAAAAAAAAAAAUAAAAAAAAUGUAUGCAUGCAUAUUUUAUAAUACCCAAGGUACACAUUUCUAGUAAUUGUGCAGUUAAUUAUCAUACUGUAUUUUCAGAAAGUUUUGGAAUAUUUGUCCUCUCCCCAAAUUUGUCACUACCGAAACACGGUAAUAAUAAUUUAAUUAGAAGGGUUAUAUUGACCUUUUAAGAUUUUGCUUACAUCUACAUUCUAAAUAUAUAUUUUUGCUAUUUUAUAAACAAAAAAAA